UUUAAUGAGCACGUCUACAUCUGGACAACUAUAGCGCUGUGCAUAAUUUUUAUCCUUCUGAUCUUACUCUCCAACGCCCUGCUCAUAUGGAAAAAUGCCCGGGAAUUGGAUUUCUAUUCGAGGCCAAAGAACCAGAUCAUUUUAUCUCUAGCCAUAGGAGAUAUUAUCGUCGUUCUCUUUCCCCUGAGCGUGUUGGUUAGGAACUUUUUACCAGAAGAUUACCAGCCCAAUUUGAUGUCGUGUAGUCUGGCCAAGACCUCGGAAACGUACAUGAGAUUUCUCCUUCAUUUCGUCUACGGCCUGGGCCUCGUCAUUCUAGCGAUCGAACUUUUAUGUCGCAACAAAAUCCAUGACAUGACGGCCGACAAAACAGGCAAGAUUUUUGUUUCAAUCGUACUCAGCGCCAUCCCGUGGUUACUGGGUCUCAUCUUCGUCCUACCGCUCUGUCUGGCUAACAUUGACAUGACAACGUGUUCGUCAGUGCAGACCUUAGAUCAGGCCGAGGCGGCGGUGGUCAUCUCUGUUAUUCUGCCCGCGUGUGCUGCUGUGGUCAUGUGUAUUGUUGUAUACUGUCAUGAGUUACCUCCAGCUCAGUACCAACAGACAACGGCUACAUCCACACCGAUGGUUACAAUCAUGACGAGUCACUCGAAUUCUCCGCUACAAUCUGGUCGCGGAUUUACAGCAGCCCCGACUUUUGGGUACCAUCCAGGCUACCAGUAUCCCCAACAACCCAUUCCUGGACAGCAUCCACUUCAGCAGUACCCACAGCAGAUGAAAAACUUUCAAGCAAAUCAGCCAUGUGUCGCAGAGCAGCCUAACGUCGCUCAACAACCCCUUGUUGCACAGCAAUACUAUGCCACGCAGCAACCAUAUGUCGCACAGCAACCCCAUGUCACACAGCAACCCUAUGUCGCACAGCAACCCCAUAUCACACAGCAACCCCAUGUCACACAGCAACCCCAUGUCACACAUCAACCCCAUGUCACACAGCAACUCCAUGUCACACAGCAACCCCAUGUCACACAGCAACCCCAUGUCACACAGCAACCCUAUGUCUCACAGCAACCCCAUGUCACACAGCAACCCGAUGUCACACAGCAACCCCAUGUCACACAGCAACCCUAUGUCUCACAGCAACCCUAUGUCACACAGCAACCCUAUGUCGCACAGGAACCCUAUGUCACACAGGAACCCCAUGUCACACUGCAACCCCAUGUCACACAGCAGCCCUAUGUCGCACAGCAACCCUAUGUCGCACAGCAACCCUAUGUCUCACUGCAGCCCUAUGUCACACAGCAACCCUAUGUCGCACAGCAACCCUAUGUCUCACUGCAGCCGUAUGUCUCACGGCAACCCUUUAUUGCACAGCAACCCUACACCGUAAAACGACCCAAACAGGGACUGUACGUACAGAACGAUGCUGGGAUCACUUUGUCAAAAUAUCGCCGUGAAAAGUCCAGACUCCUUGCCGUUGCCAUAGUUUUCUUUCUCCUUGUUGUUCCACAGGCCAUCUAUCAGCUCAGCUAUGCUCUAAACCCGACAAGAACCAAGAUGGAGAGAAGGAUUACUGCAACGGCCAUACAUGACUUCGUGCUUUGGUUAAUGGUCAUCAGGUCAUUCGUCACGCCACUCAUAAUGUACUGCUAUUCUGAUGUCUAA